UUGAAACCACCAAAAUGUCUAACAGUGAAAGUGACAGUGAUACGGAUAGUGUUGAAGAAAUUCAAGUUAAAAAGUAUCUAGGGACAUUUAAGGAGCAACUUAAACAAGCAAAAGCACAGACUUGUAUAAGAACUGGUAUCAAAAGACAACCUGGCCACUACCAUCUUAGAGACACCAGGCAAGCCGUUCUGGUCCCUCAACGUCCCGCAUACGGCGGAACACAUUGGGACAUUGACAUACCACAACACCUACAGAGGUCUACCCCACGGCUUACACGUUAUGCAAUUAGGAAGGCUAUUCUGAAAGAACAAGAAAGACGGGUAGAAUUCGGUGAUCAGAAUCGAGGGUUACAAGCAUUAUCCAAGCUUGAAAAUUUAAAUAAGGAGUUCGACAAUGUCUUGGUGUAUAAUUACGGCAGAAUGGGACUCGAAGAAGAUAAAAAGAAGUCCCUAGUUUAUCAAAAUAAAGAUUUUGUUCACUGGGAGUUGAUGAGGAAGACAUUUGGAAAACAACAAAAUGAAGAGAUGGAAAAGGAGCGUCAACACAGAAUAAAAGUGCUACGUGGAAUUUAUGACAAGAAACACAGGACACCGAGUAUCGAAAAUUUAGUUGAUGGUAUGACAGACACUAAUUUUAAAAGAUCACUUGUGAACAAAAAUAUAGAGGAAGCGCAAAUUAAUCUUGAGAAUAAGCAAAAUGAAGUUGUCAAUGAAUACAAAUUAGCCAUGUCCGAGAUGCUAGAUGAGUCCCUUGCAAAGGUCGUACAUACUUUUGCGGCGAACGACACGAGACGUGCAUUCGAAAAUGAGAAAAGGCGCCGAAUGUCAGAACAUCCAAUUAAUGCAAACCCAACAAGAGAACAAAAAAUAAUGAAAGUAGCACUCAAUAAUCUUGUAAGCGUCUACAAAGACGUGGAAGCGAAAGAAAACGAAGAGGAAACAAAAUACAAAAACAAAGUAAUAGAACAGAAGGCAAUGAUGCAGGAACAGUUAAUACGAAAAGUUACAACAAAUAUUGCAAACAAGCUAGUUGCGGAAGAACGCGCAAGACAAAUUAAAGAAGCAGAAGAAAAUAUUGACGAACCGUCGAAAAACGCAAUGCGACAUUUGGUAACGAGAGUCCAGAGACAAAUGUUGCUUCAAAAAUUCAAAGGUAAAUGGGUUAAUUUGGUGAAGAAGCCUAAAGAUGUUGAGGAUGCUGAAAGGGUAAAUGAAACAGAACACGAUAAAAAGCUAAGACUUCAGAGAGAAACCCAAAGGCGAUCCUUGUGUGUUAUAAGGGGAGAUGGAGAUGAAUAAAAUAUUGUUUAAAAAAUCGAUGUUUGUACAAAAAUAUAAAGUCUUGCAAAUUAAAAUAUGUAAUACUAUU